CCCAAAAUUUUGUGCUAUUUUAGCAUUUAAGUAAGGGUUUUUGUGUGAGAAAAUAUUGUUUUGGGCUUAAUAGCCAAAAGUUUGAAAGUUGAGAGACUUAAAGAGGGAAAGAUUUUGGAUAAGGAUGACUUCUUUUCUUUUUCUCCUUUUUCCUUCUUUCUUUCUUCUCCAGCCCGCAUGUUCUGCUCUUCCCGACCCCCCCUGCACCCGAGAGAAAAAAAAAAAAGAGGAACCCAGCCAUGCCUUGAGAAACCGGUGAGAAAGCUUGGUUUUCUCCUUCCUUUCUUGCUCUAGAACGCACCUAGAACCCAGAAAUCUUCCCCCCCUGCUGGAAAAGCCGGAUCUGCCCUGCUCUGCUUUGUCCUUCCGCUAGCUGCUCUUGAUUGUGGGUGAUUCUGGGCAUUUUUUUCGGUAAGAACAGCCCCUAAUUCCUUUGUUCUUGCUUGAAUUGGCUUGGGUUAACUUUGAUUGCUCUUAUUUCCCCAAUUUUGGGUAGGCCGUGAGCUUCUUCUCCAAAUUGCCGUCGGCUUCUCUUCCCCCUGCAGCUCCGGUUUUAGCUGGAGAAUUAUGGUUCUCGAUCGUUCUGUCAGUUUAGUACGUGGAUUGAGUGUUCGGUUUUAUGCGAGUGAGGAUGUGAAACCGAAGACGGGGAAACCAUGGGAAGUGACGAGUUAGAAGGCUAGCCAUAUUGUAAUUGGAUAUAAAUGUUAGAUAUGAAUCAUGAUCUUGUAUUUGGAGACUUUAUUGGAGAUUAAUGACAUGAGAGAAUUAUAAGAUUUGAUCUUCAGAUUUUGAUGGUAUUAGAGUGUAAAUUUGAUGAGUUUCGAGCCUUGUGCAUUUGUGGGACCCGUCUCACGAGUGCACGGCGUCUGUUGCGUCUCGAAAUUGGGUUUUGGGGCGUGACAUACAUUAUG